UGACGUUGAGCGGAAGUGAGCCACCCCACCGGCCACUGCGGAAACAAACAGUUCAGCCAGAAUCAAAUAAAUAAAGGAUUAAUCGCGAGUCGCCUCCUGGUUAAUCCCGUAACUGUGUCCACAAUGUCCCGGCAGUCCAACCGAACAACUGACAGCAAGAAGAUGAAUUCUGAGCUGUUCACACUGACUUAUGGGGCCCUGGUCACCCAGCUUUGUAAAGACUACGAGAAUGACGAGGAAGUCAAUAAACAACUGGACAAGAUGGGCUAUAACAUCGGAGUGCGUCUCAUCGAGGACUUCCUGGCACGCUCCAGCAUCGGCAGGUGUCAGGAUUUCCGAGAAACGGCAGAUGUCAUUGCGAAGGUUGCAUUUAAGAUGUACCUGGGAACCACCCCCAGUGUGACCAACUGGAGCCCGGCAGGAGAUGAAUUCUCCCUCAUCUUAGAGAGCAACCCGUUGGUCGAUUUUGUGGAGCUGCCGGACAACCACAACACGCUGAUCUACUCCAACCUGCUGUGUGGGGCCCUCAGAGGGUCACUGGAGAUGGUCCAGAUGGCGGUGGACGUGAAGUUCGUCCAGGACACUCUGAGGGGGGACAACGUUACAGAAAUCCGAAUGAAGUUCAUCAAGAGGAUUGAAGAAAAUCUCCCGGCAGGGGAUGAUUAAUGGAACCGGAGGAGAAGCAAAUGCAAAACAUCUCAAUAGGACGUUUCCCUGCAGUCUUGAAUAUUAUAUUAGAGUUGAAAGACUCUGUAUAAACACCACAGCCUGGAUCUUUCACAUUCAAGUUUUGAAUGGACCAAUGGCCUAUGUUAUAGAGAGACUCCCUUACUUCUAGCAUCUUUGUCCUCCUGUUUUAUUUUUUUCUAUCUGCGUUAGGAGAAGAAUGCAAGGAUUUAGAGGAGACAACUUAGAUUCAUCCCAGAGAAAUGAAAAACUGUACACUAUGUAAACACAGCAUCAAAACACAGCUCGGCUACCUUGAUUCAUUUAUGGGUGGUGAAAACAUGUAUUCAAUGACCUGUGGUUCAAUUUGGCAGUGCAGAGGAGUGAGACAGGGAAUUAAUCUGUCACCGUUUCUUCAUUUGAUGUUUCAAUUUAUUUCCCUUUUCUUCGUGUGAACAUGUGUAGGCUGUUUAUAUUUUUUUUCCGGUGUGAAGCUGGAAAGCCCUACAUUGUCAUGUUUUCAUGUUUUUGUCUUGUUUUGCUUCAUUUUCUUAAUUCUUUACAAGAUCACAUUCUAUAUUGCUGUCAAUUGUCUGGCAUGAUAAUUUAUGUGGAUGCAUAAUAUCAAAUAAAUGCAACAUAUUUGAAAAGAG